AUGAAUAUCUCUAAUAAACCAGACGCCACCACGCUUCCAGAUGAACCAAUGUUCCGGCGGAUGGUUGACAAUGCCAUCGCGCGGCCGUCUCACGUCGUCAUCUCCGACAAAAGCAUAGGCGUCGAGGCCGACAGCAUGAGAAUCUUCGCCGAUCUCCUGCACAUGAAGAAUGCCAUUCGGAAACACGAAACCUCACCUGACGCGUUCAUCAGCGUACUGAUGCCCAUAAACUACGAGUUUGUCAUUACAAUCCUGGCCGUGCUCGCUUCGGGCCAGGCAUUUGCUUCAAUUCGAUUCGGUUGCCCAGCAGAGUAUGCGCUCAGUCUGAUGAGGCUUUCCGGAUCGACCUGUUUGGUCUACGGCGCUCUCGAAAAGAACUUUGCCAUUGAGAUGCAGCAUCUGGCCUCUGCCCAGGGAUCUCCUAUCCAGAUUAUUCCCUUCGAAAGCUCUACUGAACCACUGCCUCUCCAGCUGGAGGAUCUUAAUCUUCGAAUGGAUACAGAGAUCCCCACCGACCCGGACCGUCCAGGAAUGCUAGUCUACAGCAGCGGAACGACAGGCGAGAAGCCCAAGGGAAUCUUGCACAACCGACGCUUCCUUGACCGACCCGGACAACUCCCUCCUCAGGAGAUCUUCCUCAUGAUAUCCGAUCCCGUGCAAGCCAUCAGCUCCUUCAAUAUCCUCACCAUACCUCUAUCAACGGGCUGUCAACUGCACUUCAUCUCCCGCGCUGACGGAGUCGCCGAGAUCUGGGAGCAGUUCUGCAACAACCGCAUCUGCUCUUUCACGACCAUCCCAGACACCUGGAACGAAAUGGCCUGGUACUACCGCAAUCGCAUCCAGCAGCUCCCGCAGGAGGCACGAGAUGGCUAUCUAGAGGGUGCACGGCGAAUUAUGUUUCCUUGUACACAGGGAAAUAUCACACCGGCGUCGGUUCUGCGCUUUUGGAAAGAGGACCUGCAGUGUCCGAUCUAUAACGUGUUUGGGGCCACUGAGCUGGGAGGAUUGGCUCUGUGUACGGGCCCUGAUACGGUUUCGGAUGACUAUAAAUGCAUCGGAAAACCAAAGCCAGGCAUCACAGCCAAACUCUCCGACGGCGAUCAUGGUGAGCUUCUGGUCAAAUCGCCCAAUGUGAUGUCUGGCUACAUGAAUGAUCCCAAACGCACCAAGUCCGUCUUCGACGAGGAAGGCUUCUACCGCACCGGUGAUUUCGCCCACCUCUCCCCUGAAGGCGAAUACAUCUACGAAGAACGAAUCAAUAAACCGACCAAAGACCCCGUUCACGUCAUGGAAACCACCUUCUCCGCCUUCCCCUUCCUCCACAAUACCCUCGUCGCCCAAAUCCCCUUCGACAACGUCUACGGCUCUUCCAUGGUCAGUUCCGUCGUCUGCAUCCGCCCGCCGCCGUCAUCCUCGUCUUCGAAGACGAAAGUAUCCAUAGCCGAGUACAUGGCCGACUGCAUGUAUCGAUUGCGAGCGGCGCUGUCUCUCGCGUUCCUGCAGCUGGAUAUGUUUCCGAUGGCCGUUUGCGUGCUUGGUCCUGGGGAGGAGAUGAAGUUGGAGAAGGAGCAGUUGAGGUAUGUGUUUCCGUAUCAUGUUGAUCCGAGCUUUCGCGCGGAUCUUGAGUUGGGGGUGCAUCGGGCUUGGAUGAAUUGA